AUGCCUCGCCCAAAGCGACAACUCCACGCCACGGCUGAAGAAACCCUCACCCCGCCUGACACUCUCUCCGCCACUCAAGGAAUCGCCCGCAUCACCAAAGCCGCGGGCAACAACCUCUACAACGCCGAACUGCCAGGUCGCAAACCCGUCCUAGUCGAGCUCGAAUCAAAGUUCCGCUCUACAAUAUGGAUAAAACGCGGUAGCUACGUAGUCGUGGAUACACAGGCGCUAGCAGACAGGGACAACAAGCUCGACGGUGAGAUUGUAAACGUGGUUCGGGACGAGAAAGCGUGGAGGAAAAUGGGGUAUUGGCCGAAGGAGUUCGCGAAGAAGUCGUCAUACGGCGAGGAUAGUGAGGAUGAGGAGUCAACGGUGGGAAAGCUGCCACCGUCGGAUUCAGAAGAAGAAGAAGUGUAA